AUGAUACCGAUGUAUGCACGCGCAGAGGGCGACAGUCUCGCAGGGACCACCGACGAUACGACUGAGGUGAAGGUCUUCCUCACCUUCCAGUUCAUCGGGGCCGCAGGCCUGUUCGCUGUUCUGGUCACCGCCCUUUUUGCACCCAAGAUCUAUCGCCAUUUCACCUGGCUCAACUUCUGCAUAACAUGGUUGAUCUACUGCAUCUCCUACACCCUCCUCGCGUUUGCCGGACAGCAGUUGCGCCCAGAACCCCCCUCGUUCCCGCUCUGCCUCACCCAAGCAUCGCUCAUCUAUGCCGCACCCGUUCUUGUCGCGAUGUCCACGUUCGCGCUCGUGCUCCAGCUCUGGGUGACCCUGAAGACCGCGCUGCACCCGCCCAAAGCGCCUCGCACGCGCGACACCGUAUUCAGUGGUUUCCUUCUGCUCGCACCUUACAUCGCAUGGCUGGGCUUCGUCGUCGCCAUCCUUGUGAUCGGCACUCUCAACCCGUCGUCUGUUGAGCGCGCAGGCCAUCUCGUCUACUGCACACUUCAAGGUGGCCGAGCUGGCAACAUCACCGCCAUGGUCGUCGCCGCCAUCCUCCUCGUGAUGGUCGGGUUCGACAUCUACAUCGGCGUCGUCCUGUACAAGAACUGGCGCGCGCUGCGCGGGUCGGACCACCCCGGCCAGAUCCCGUUCAACCUGCUCCUGCGCGUCGCGCUGUUCAGCUUCGUGUGCGUCGUCGGCAUCGGCUGCACGUUCAUCUUCCUCUCGGGCGUCUCGUUCUUCGCGGGCAACAUCCUCAUCUCGCUUAUGCCCGUGGUCGCGUUCCUCGUCUUCGGCACGCAAAGAGAUAUCCUGGAGGCGUGGGUCUUCUGGCGCAAGUGA